AUGUCUGCUAAUCGAGUGAAGACUAUAAAUGAAAACCAAUCGCAGACAAUGCUGGAUAUGGAACAGCAGAAACCAAAAUGGGUACAUUUGGUUUCUGAUGCGAUAAAGAGCGAAAAUUGGAAAAGUAAAACAUGCCGUGCCUACUCGAGUAAUUAUCCAGAAAUGAGUAAUCAGAUGGAACCGUGUCUUUGUGGUCGGUUACCACGCGCUCAUAGUUUCGAUGGUACGCCAAAUGAAGACUUACUCAAGAACAAAAAAUUUAAGAGACAAAAAUUCCUUGUUGAAAAGGAGCUGACUGUCUAUGGACAGAUUAGCAAUGGCGCUAAAUUUAUCCGAUGGAAUGUGGAUACAACAACUCGAUUUAAAACAUUGAGCAAGAUCAUCAAAGAAAAUGUUGGUAUGAAGCCUCACUUACUCAUUAGCUGUUUCGGUGGAGCCGAAAAUUUCGUUAUGACUGACACGCUGGAAAAAGAGUUUAUGAUUGGUAUCGCACAAGCGGCAGUUACAGAACAUGUGUGGCUUCUAACAACUGGCUUGAACAGCGGCGUUUCAAAACUAAUUGGACAAUAUGUGCAUCGCUAUAGACUGCUGAACAAAUCCUCGAUUGUGCCAACCCUAAUCGGAAUGACCGGUUGGGGAACAGUAACAAAGAAUACGAGAGAAGUGCUCGAAAAGGCGGCCUACAAAUUACGGUAUAAUAUGUACGCCAGUUUAAAUGACUCAAGCGAUUUAGGGACACUGGACUAUGAUGAAAACAAAACACUUGAUAGAAAUCAUUCACAUUUCAUUUUAUUGGAUGACGGAAGCAUAGGCGAUUUCAUCGAUGAUGCUCCACGUUCGGAUUUUGUCGAUGAUGUACGUGACAUGCUAGGAUGUCAGGCUAUAACUAUCAUUGUUGAGGGUGGUCUCAAUACUAUCGAAGUGAUUCAAAAUGAUCUAAAGAAGGGACAACCUGUAAUUGUCAUACACCGAAGUGGUCGCAUAGCAAACGUCAUUGGCACUUUACUGGAAUCAUUGGGUGUAGAAGCGCAACCGACAGAGAACGAUGUGAUAAAACUGCUCGAUCAUUUUUGUUACAAACAGUGGUCAGAAUAUGACGAAAAUGUUAGCAAUAUUGAUGAAGCGGAAAUUAGGAAACGUAAAAAGGGCAAAUCGGACAUCGUUACUGGCAUCAUACGCUUGUUUCAAUCCAAUUAUCGCAAAUACUUAAGUCUAUUUGAUCUCGAACGUGAUUCAAGUCUUACUGACAGCAUUUUCAAAGCAGUGGACUCUGUUCAAUCUGCCUCAAGCCAGCAAGAAGAAAGCUUUCUCGAAUUAGCCAUCAAUUGGAAUUAUGCAAUUCGUGCAGAGGCAAUGUCUAAAUCUCUCGCGUACGAUCAAAAAUUAUAUUCGAAAUUAUUUGAACAAGCGCUGAUGAAAAAUCGGCCGACUCUGGUUGAUUAUUUUCUCAGACGAAAUCAUAAUCCUUUUCUAACGGAUGCAUUUAAUAAGCUUUCUGAAAAUGGCAAACAUAUUCAGGAUACUAGAAAUCCGUCUGAAAACAGAACAUCUACAAAUCAAACAGGACCUCAAAACCAAGUGCAGUUUGAGGAGUCAACACAAGUCAAAUGUGCUAUCAAAUUCAUCCUUGAGAAGCUCUACAGGUCGCUUGACAGCCAAAAAUUUCACGGUUAUAGCGUGCCGACAACAUUGGAGGAACUUGAUGCAAAUCAUAGCCGACUAAUUGGACCAUAUACCGAUUCAUUCUAUUUUGCGGAAAGGAAGAACAGUCAGCUUGCUCAGAACUUUAAACUUUUAACUGCUCGUUGUUGGACGUGUGAAGAUAAUAACAUGCCACCGCCGAAUAGUGCAGUUGAGAGAGCAUGCACUAAACCGUUCGGUACUCAAGAAAUGUUACGCGAACUUUUCUUGUGGAGCGUUUAUGCUGGAUAUAAAGAUAUGGCUUUCAUUCUUCUACUACAAAUAGAAACACGAAUGAUAGCAGCGUUGAUUGCAGCUUGCAUAGCCCAACAUCUGUCCCAAGCUGCUGAUACUUUAGAUGUGCAGCAUAAAUAUAAAGAACAUGCAAAAGAAUACGAAGCCUAUGCUACAGAAUGUGUGAAAGAAUGUUACGAGCACAAUGAGCGACUUGCUUGUCAGUUGAUGCUACGUGAAAAUCAAAUCUUUGGGAAUAUGACCUGUAUGCAAGUAGCUAUCUCGUCACGUAUUACAACCUUUGUCAACACAAAUUGUUUUAACGAAGUUUUACAGCGACAAUGGUUUGGCCAAUUACCACGUUCUACAAGUGAAACUUUAUCUAGCAAAGUGAAGUUUAUUGCUAGCUUGGUAACACUCGGACUCAUUCCACAUAGAUUGCGAAAAUAUCAGAAAGAAGACCAAGUUAUUCAUACUUCACAGAAAAACGUUGAAAAACAAGAAAACACUCCUCGUGGAAUAUACGAUAGAUGGAAGGGAGUCAAAGAGCACACCAUUGAAUCUCCUACUUACUUCCAAAAAUUAUACUAUUUCCAUUCAACUCCUGCUGUCAAGAUGUUCUACCAUUUCUUGGUCUAUGUAUGGUUUCUACUUGUCUUCAGUUACAUGAUGUUAUUUGAGAUGAACGUAGAUGUACCGAAAAUUCGCUGGACAAGAAUCUAUCUGAUUAUAACUGUGUCGGCUAUGCUUAUCGAAGACGUUCGUUGGCUUAUCAUUGAUUAUUAUACGCGAAUGUUGGAGAGAUGGCAUUGGUCGAAUGUAUGGAUGGUUUCUGUGAAUAUUAUGCCUUACGUUCUUUUCUACAUUGGUAUUAUACUCUAUUUCCAAUCGGAGGGCCAGCCAACGAUCUUUACCGCUGCAAGAAUUAUCCUCGCCAUUGAUCUUGAAAUUUGGUAUCUAUUCUCGUUACGUUUCGUCAGUGCUAUUAAAUUAUUAGGGCCAAAGCUUUUUAUGAUACGGAAUAUGUUACGUUGUUUGGCUGCUUUCAUGUACAUAAUUUUUGUUUGCAUUGCUGCCUAUGGUGUGGUAUCCCGAGCUUUGAUUAUGUACAACGACAUAGAAUUCACAGCUAAAAGUGUCUUUCAAGCUGUGUUUUAUCAACCAUAUUGGUUUUUGUAUUCAAUUGUUGAUGAUGAGAAGAAUACGCUUGACAGUAUCAUAUCUAAUGCAACAUCAUCGCCCGAGCUGGUAGCAGAAGCCACAGUGACUCACGUAUUAUUGGCUGCACAUAUGAUCUUCAUCAAUAUUUUGAUUCUCAAUCUAUUAAUCGCUGUCUUCAACUAUACAAUCAACGAUGUGCAAGAUCAGUAUGAAUACUUUUGGCGCUACCAACGAUAUGGACUUAUUCGAGAAUAUUUUGAAAAACCACUCUUUGCCUUUCCACCUCUUUCACUCAUCGCAUAUAUUGCUUGGCUUUUAAACCUGGCGAGGUCUAAUGGAACAAUUUUUCGAAUUCUUAAACGUCGUUGUCUCUCGCCGGAGAUGAAUGCUGGAUGGACAGAAUUUGAGAACGCUGCUACCUAUGAGUAUGCACGUAAAUUUGUCGAAAAGAAUUAUCGACCGAAAACUGAAGAUGAUAAGUCAAAACUAGACACACAAUUGGAUUCAAUGAAAAGCACUGUUGAUAGUUUGAAGAAGCAGAUAGAAGAUUUGAGAAAAGCCAAUGAGACAUUUCAAAGUGAAACGAAAGCACAAACAGAAAGAAUGUUCGUUAAUAUGAAGUGGAUCAUGUCAGCAAUGGAUCGAGUCAAAAUGUCCAACGUUUCAUUGGCAGAUUUCGAGAAAUCAACCAACAGUGAAAUCCCAGAAUAA